GAUUUAUCUUGGGAUGUAUUGGAAACCACUAGAUUUUUAUAACUCCACCUAAAACCCCUUCAUAAAAAUAUGAAUAUUAGACAAGCAAGAGAUGAGGACAUUUCAUUUUAUACAAUUUGUAAGUCUUCGACUUUCUUAAUGGUUUCAACACAGGGCUCUAGUCUUUGCAGAGAUUCCGUGGAUAUCUGUGACUGAAAGCUCCAUGUGUAAGUUUAAUGAAAUGUAUCGAUCUGGUAUGAAAUUGACAUAUCAUGGUUUCCACUCAGUAACUAAUAUAUGCUUUGCAGCAGUGAGUCCACCCAUCUUAAGUCCCUUUAAGCCCCUUUCCAGCAGCAAAUAUUUACAUCUAAGCUUUCAUUUAAAAGGACAAUCUCAUUAUGAAUCAGACUGGCAAGUUGACUUGUUAUUUAGAAUAAAAUACAAUGUCACAAAAUAUCACUGGGAACAUACACUCAGUUGACAGUUUAUUUGGUAAGCCUAGCUAAAAGUAAUGCAGUCCAGUCUAAUACAACAGUCCUGCAAUACUUUUUUUUAUUAUAUAUAAAAACUUGAUUCAACUGUGUGGUCAUUUUAUCAUAUAUAUCUAUGAUAUGGUCAUAGAUAUAUUGUAUAUUACUUCUCCCACCAGCAGUGUUAAAUGGCCUGACCUUACAGAUAUAAACUUUAUUGCUGUUGACAUUAUACACAGUGCACUAUUUAACUCCGCGGAGGAAGUCCCUCCUUCCUCUCCUCCCGCCCUCGCUAACAUCACUUCCGCCGCACAAAAAACAUGGCGGCUGCCAGUCAGUCAGAUUCGGCGCAUUCACUGCCCAGAAAUGUAGUCAUCAAGACCGAGCUAGAAACCGAGGAUGGUCUACUCUUCGGCCCGGAUGAUGUACCAGUUAAGCGGGACCCCGCCGUCCCGCUCAUGGCCCCGGUCAGCGGGCUGCAGCCGCUCUCCUGGUCGCAGGAUCACCGCCUGGCCGUAUGCACCACCAGCUCCAUGUCGCUGAUGGAGCUGGUGUGCGAUGUCCACAGCAACAAACAGGACCUGAUGCUACACAGGACCUCAAUUCCCGUCCCGACCGAAACGUACAAGCUGCGGGUGGGACCAGCAGCAGAGCUAGCUCAAGCGAUGGAGAAGUUCUCUACACAUCCUGACCCCACAGUAAGGCAAGUUUUUCUGUCCGACAGAGUGAUCAACCCAUCGGUAGGAGUGCACAAAGGAAUAAAAUAUGGCAGUUGGUCUCCGUUAGGUUGUGACUCAAGUGGGCGCUGUCUGCUCGCUUGCCUAACACUUGACCACAGACUUACCAUUCAUAACAGCCACAAGCGUCUCGAGUGGAAUAUGUUAGUCGAUCUCACCAAAAAGUACAGUGAGAGGCUGAAGGAGCGAGGCUACGCCAAAAAAGACAACAAGCCGCCGCAGGCAAACCUGCUGGACUUUGACGAGCUGCAGCGGCGUUUCCGUAUGCAGACUCCUCUGAGAAUGGAGUGGUCGAGCGUUUACACGAUCAAACAGGUUCAGUCGGACAACACAUGCAUAGACGUGGAGAUGGUCCUCCUCGCCGUCUUAAUGGAAAACGGUGACCUUGUUUUGUGGAAGUUUGUGUUGCCCUUUAUAAACGGGGCAGAUGUCGUGUUUUAUGACAUUGUCGAAUCAGGUGUGAGUAGACCCAGUGACUUGGCGUGGUGGGAGUAUGAAAGCGCAGAUCGCCGGAUGAGCGGACUGAUUGUUGGCAGUGAGGUGGGACCCGUCAAGAUCCUGCCAGUCAGCCUGUCGGGAGUGAAGGGCUACUUCACCCUCCGGCAUCCCGUCAUCCUCUGGAAGGAGUGCGACGAGAUCGCCGUCGAAAACCUUAAAUGUGUCCCGAUGAUCCACCCGAUCCAAAAAUCUAGCUGCAGCCUCAUCGUGGCCUCACGCGGCUGCUACGUCUUUUGGUGUUUGCUCAUGAUUUCGCCAGCCGGACUAAAUGUACACAACUCUCACGUGGCAGGGCUGCACUCACUCCCUGUGGUCUCACUAGCGGUCAGUCAACAUGGCGUCGCAGUGUACACGUGUUCCAUAGACGGAUGGAUAAAGAAGCUAACACCAACAUUUACAGAGAACACUUUGAUUUUCAAACAAGAGGACAUGUUGCGACCUGAAAACCUAACAGGGAGGAGGAUACACGGGAUUGCAGUGAGCCGCAACGGAGCGUAUAUUGCGCUUGCCAGCACACAAGGUCUGGUUGGCGGCUAUCAUCCAGUUCACAGGACCUACCAGGUUGACUUUGUGACCCUGAAAACGCCAGAAAUGGCAGCAGCACUGCUGCUCAAGUCUCCCACGCAGAACUUGUACAAAAUGGCUGACCUGCUUGAUCUCGUGAGGUGGCAAAUUUUGAAAAACAAGUGCAUCCCUGCGUCGCUGCUGGAAGAGCUCGAUCUAAAGAUCCAGGAAGUAGACUUUCCCUACUUGUGGCGUUUCAAGCUCUUUCUGGUGCGUAUACUUUACCAGUCAUUACAGACGCCUCCUACAGAUCACCGAUGGAAACCAACACGCGAGGAGAGCAAGGUGUUUGUAAGGGACGAGGAAGAGGAGAACGAAAAGGACGAAGAGGAAAGCGAGCCUGGUGGAGUUAAACAUGAGAAGGAGGAGAAUCGGGAGGAGCAGAUGGCGGAGGUGCAGGCUUGGAUCAAUGCUGUAGAGACCCAUCUGAUGAGAGAAAACAUGAAGAAGGUGCUAGGGGUGGUGUACCUCAACACCUGGAUUGCUCAGAACACCAGCAUACCCACUUGUGGCCUGGUGGAGUACCUCUCCAAAGACGCUAACGACAGGGCUUCAGAGGUCCUGAUUGGCCACAUCAAGAACAAGAUGAACAAGCAGACGUUCUCGGAGCGCUGCAGCCUGUGUCAGGCGGUGCUGCCCUUCUCCGAACACAAACAAGCAACCUGUAAAAACGGUCACAUGUGGCUCAGGUGUGUGUUGUCAUACCAGGCCUGCCAGACGCUGACGUUCAGACGUUGCCUCCUGCUGGAUAGCAUCGCCAGACUGCCAGAGCCUGAGGAUCCGGAGUGGAUAAAGAAGAUCCUGCAGGCGCCCUGCACGCUCUGCGACUCGCCGAUGAUCUAGAGCUGGACAACCGGAGGAACCUCAGGGCUUCCCUGCGACCUUCAGAGCUUCCCGCUCUGACGCAGGGUUCAAUUUUGUCAGACAUCACUGCUACAAUUCUUUUUUAUUUCAUGUAUUUUGUUCAUGUUUUUAUUACUUUAUAUUGGUAUCUUAAAAGUGCAAAUAAAAGGCUUUGAUUAUA